AUGGGAGUGCUAGUUUCCAAACCGCCCAAACAGGAAAAGAAGAAGAAGGUUUGCGCUCAGACCUAUCUAGGAACUAAAUUUUCUUCAAAGAAAAAAUCAGCAUCGCUUAAAAAAGGAGAGGCUGUUCAACCAGCCAUUGCUGUAAAUCAAUCCGUUCCUGUUACUAAAGAUGAUAAACCGAUCGCUCAGGAAUGUACCUCCAUUGUUGAUGAGGCUAUUUCGAAGGCCGCUGAGGCAGUUGAAGCUGAAGUGAAUGAAGCAGCCCAGCAGCUUACCAAUGAAGUCAUUGAAGGAGCGAUAGAACUAGCGCAAAACGAGGAAGUACCCAUAGCUCAUGAGGAGGCACCUCCAACUCAGGAUGAACAUCCUGCUCCUCAGGGAGAGGAGGCUCCUCCAAUUCAGGAUGAACAUCCUGCUUCUCAGGAAGGUGAGGCUCCUCCAACUCAGGAUGAACAUCCUGCUUCUCAGGAAGGUGAGGCUCCUCCAACUCAGGAUGGACACCCUGAGCAAGAGAGUUCUGAGCCCGUGAAUGGUGAAGCCCCUUCAAAUGAAACACACGAGGAAAUUCCGGAAGUUCCUGAGGAAAAUAAGGAAGAACAUAAAGAGGAUAACCCUGCCAAUGGUGAGCAAAAUACUGAAACUCAUGGAAAUAAUGAAGGUGAUAAAGUUGAAGAGGGGGAACAACAAGAAGGUGAUCACAAAGUGCCUACAGAGGAAUCAGCAGAACAUCCCGAAGAAAUUAACGUUGCCCAAUAA